UGCCACUCCAUAACUAACAGUCAAAACUCCACCUGCUUCAGCUCUACAUAAGACUCUGAGAAGGAAGAAGGCACAUGGGUUUCCCCUUCCCAUCGACCCCCAUCUCCUCCAUGGCCUUUCUCUGCGCAAUUCUUCUCUUUCUGGUCUCAUCAUCAAUCUAUUCCGUCUCCGGCAGCACCAAUUUAACAGCCUAUGAAGUUCUCCAAGAAUACGAUUUCCCAAUUGGUCUCCUUCCAAACGGAGUAACAAGCUACGAAUUAGACACUUCCACAGGUAAAUUCUCGGUUUAUCUCAACGCAACUUGUACGUUCACAAUUGAUUCUUAUGAGCUCAAGUACAAGACUACCAUUACGGGUGUGAUAAAGAAAGACAAGCUCUCUAGCUUGAGUGGUAUCCAAGUCAAGAUCCUCUUUUUCUGGCUUAGUAUCACAACAGUGAUCCGAGAUGACGAUGAGCUUGAGUUCUCGGUAGGGAUCGCUUCUGCAGAUUUUCCUGUGAGUAAUUUCGACGAGUGCCCCACCUGUGGAUGUGGAUUUGAUUGUGACGACGUGAAGUCGAGAAAGAUUGAUGUCAAUCGUCUUGUGUACUCUUCUUAAUUAGGUUUUAUUAGGUUUCCAUGAUCUCCCUGCAUUCUUAUGAUUGCUGAUGAAUUAUGUUUGCGUUAGAUACCAUUAGCAAGUAUAAAUAAAAAUUUGUAUUAAUUAGUUUUAA